AUGGCACAGACAGACAAUCUCGACUUGACAUACAAGACAUAUCAACAAACCGGCCAGUUAUUCCAACACUUGUUGGAGACAAAAGCCCCAGAUCCUGCCACAGAAAUAAAUGCAGUCUCACAGGGCAUUCUCAAGCUCAAAGAUAUCACCGAAUGUCAACCAGUGGCCUACCCUUGCAAUAUUGAUCAAGAUUUCAGCGUGUAUCAACCAACGGAACGAGUGGAAAUUGUCCCAAAGCUGAUUAAAGACCAAGCUCAGUCGAUCGGAAUCGAACCACUCACAAAUAACACAUUCUUAAAAGUUAUCGCAGCGGAGCGAGAAUCAUGGACCAACUACUGGGAAGGAAUAGUUGCACCGGGCGCAAUUUUCAUCGAACAGAUGUUCAGAAAGAGCGGGCCUUUUGCCUCUGAGAUUUCGCGACUAAUGUACUGCAAGCACUUUUCUAUUGAGUCCCUGAAGCAUAUCUUUCUGCUCAAUAUCAUAAACCCAGAUACCAAGGGCCUCGUGACGACUCAGAUCUAUGCUCCACACAACGGCCUUGCAUGGCCAGACCCAGAGCCUCGUGUGUGGGGACGCGGGACACCUGAAUAUGAAGCUAUCCUGGGGACUAAGCUUGGACGGCUUGUGGCGCGGUUAGUGAUAGGGUCAUUUGAGCCUGGGUCACGGAGAAUUUUGCAGAUCACUACAUGGUGUCAGAAACGGCUUCUACAUAUCCGGUUUGAUCUUGAACUGGAGUCAUCGUGUAGCAAGGAUCUGGUAUGA